AUGGUUUCAGCUUUCACGGGUAUAGAUGAACCUAUUCAAAGAGGGGGGACGUAUUAUGGCGAAGAUGUUUCAGUUGAAACGGAUGAGCUUUGGGCCCUUAUUGACGUUCCCGAAUAUUCGAUUAGCUCCUUUAUGAACAGUGGACUUUCGUUCUUCCAUACGAACUUUCGAAAUUUACGCUUUCUUUACUUGGCUGGAGAUAUUCAAAAUUAUGGAAAUUACCAUAUUAACACCCACCAUACAUUAACUGAUAAUCUAUUUUACAUAGGUUUUUUGGACAAUAAAAAUCUUUUUACGUUAUGGACAAGUAGCUACUUCAACUCGGUAGUACGUUUUUUAAGGGGUCUACAUAAUGAGAAGAAGAUUAUUCAUGUUGUAACUGACGUUAACCAAUACAACAAAGGGAGACUUGACGUGCUACAAUCUUUUAAGAAUACUGGUGUAAUAUGUGUUACCAAUGUGAAAUUUUUUAUUGCUGUCGACGAAAGUAGUAACAGUGGUGGCUAUGUUGUGCUUACGGAUUCAAUUCUUGACUUGAUUCAGGUAUCUAGUUGGAAAUCAUCAGUUUGCUUCAACUCUGGUCAUUCGACGCUUGUCGUUAACUAUCCAAAAAUUCUUCCUGUCAUUAAUUUAUUUCAAUUUGGCGGUGGAGAUUGUAUCGAAGCUAUGCUCGAUGAUCCUGGAAAUACGGAUAUCGACUAUCAAAAUUCAGAACUAAGAAUAGUUGCCAAGCUGUUUGUUGUUGACGGAUUUAAGGCAAAGCGUGCCCCUCAAAUUUAUUAUCGCUUUCACAUUGGUGAGUUUUACGACAAGUCUAUGUUUGACGUAGAAAAUACAAAUUACGGAGUUCGUGUUUGUUAUUACCUACCUGGUCCAAAUAUCCCCUGUCCUGAAUCUUGCGAUUCUGAGAUUCCUGAUCAUAUCCCUCCCCAAGAUCCAGUUGUUGUUACUUCAACAGAAAAAGAGGGCCCGACCGUCAUACUUACAAUUACAACCACUGACGAACAUUGGACUACCAUUACUUUCACCGUUGAACCUUCUGAUACAACUACUGAAUUGACUACUGAAACCCUCGAAGAGACCACUACUGAGGUACCACCGCUGAGAGCACAACUGAAACACUGGAAGGGCCAAGAGAUAUCCCCUGAGACAACCCCUGAGACCACUCCAGGGACGAAAACUGAAACUCCUGAAGAGACCACUACUGUGAACCCACGAGUAAGACAACUCCUGAGACAACUCCUGACUCCUGAGACGACUCCUGAGACAACUCCUGCUACUGCCCCAGAAACACCAUCCGGAACUGAUCCAGGAAGUACUCAAGAUACAACCUCCGAAACAACUCCUGACACUACCAAUGAGACCACCACAUCAACUGGCCAAGAAUCAACCUCAGAGCCAUCUUCGGUACCAUCUCCAGUAUCAUCUCCAGAUACAUCAUCUGUACCUUCUCCAGAACCAACACCUGUUCCAUCUGUGGAUUCAUCUUUGGUUCCAUCUUCAGUACCAUCGCCUAUUCCAUCUCCAAUGCCAUCUCCAGAGCCAUCUCCAGAAUCAUCACUGGUCUCGCCUACUGGCUCAUCUACUACCCCAAGUCCUUACCCUUCUCGUAGUACCACAGAAACGACACAAACAACUCCUACGACCCGUACACCUAUUGCCACGGCUACAACAAAGACUCCAUUAAGUACGUCCACAACUUCAAUUAUUCAUACAACCGAUACCACAAUUCCAAGCUUUGUUACUGUAACUAGUGGAAUGGCCUCAACAGAUGUCACGAUUACAACUUCAGCCAUAACCGUCGUACCAGCUGUUCCAUUUACCCUGGAUGAUCCAAACGUAAAUACCCACUCAACCGAUGGUACUCGUUCUACAGAGACAAUUGCUGUGUUUGUUACCCCUACAACAGCCCAUGGUCAAACUCCAUACGUUACUACAACUGCAAUUCACCUCGAUGGUACUCCACCUGCCGGUACAGCAGUCGUAGUUCCCCCCCUGGGAAAUGUGAGAAGUGACGCCGAUACUGCUACUGAUUCGAAUGGACAAAACGUCACUGUUUAUUUCACGAUUACUGAUUCUGGAAAUACUGCCGAGCCUUAUAUUCCAACUACUGUUGCCUCUCAAGUUACCAGUACGCCGGGUCCAAUUGUCGGUCCUAUUAUUCCGGUUGCUGGGGGGUCUGCUGGAUUAUUUUCUUCCAUUUCCUUGGCAAACUGUUUGCUUGCUUUGUUUAGUUUGAUUUUGUUUUCUUGA